GCUCAUUUUCACACAUUGUAUGAAUAUGGCAGGGUGAGUUACAAGAAGGGAACUGGGAGGCCAGAAAAAAGCAGCUUUUAGUACUUGCCUCAAUUAUUAUUAUUAUUUUUUACAGGGACAGUAAGCAGAAACUUAUAUUUUAUAUUAUUUCAGUGUCCAAACAAUGUUUAUAUGCAAACUGUGUCAGUAUUUCCAAGUACAGAUACCAAUUUACUUAAUUUCCAAGAAAUAAUGUCAUUUCACAUGUGUAUCUGCCAUUUGUAAGACUCAAUGAGAAGGGGGGGAGGCAGGCGCAUGCCUAGUUCUCCUUACAGUCUGCGCAGCUGAAAGCCAAAGAAAAUCUUACCGUCUGUCUGAUUUCCAGCCAGGGAUGGCGUUUCUUCCCCCAAUUAUAAGAGUUCAGAAUUGCAUUGAAAUCAUCACUUUUUAUAAACUGUCAAAAAAUAUGACGGACAUAUUUUUGUGUCUGGAGUGUUCUUUUAAGGUACACUAUAGUCACCAGAACAACUACAGCUUAAUGUAGUUGUUCUGGUGAGUAUAGUCUGUUUCGGCAGGCCUUUUCAUGUAAACACUGGCUUUUCAGAGAGAAGACCAUGUUAACAUUGCUCCCUAAGGACACCUCAGGUGGCAGUCACUCUGACGGCCGCUAGAGGUGCUUUCUGGGUCGUGCAUGGAGGCGCUGAGCAUUUCUCAUAGAGAUGCAUUGAUUUAAUGCAUCUCUAUGAGGAGAUGCUGAUUGGACAGGGUGGUGUUGGACUCUGCCCCCCCACCUCCUUGGCUGGAAAGCAUUGGAUUGGCUGAGAUAGCCAAUACUGAUGAUCUUAGCCAAAGAGGCGGGAUGAGGACCAAGCCAGUGCCGACGGACCCUCGCGGUGCUGGAAUAAAGAUUAGUUUUACAGCUUUUUAAGGUAGGCGGGGGGGCGAGGGGGACAGUAACUUAAAUAGUGUUUUUAACACCAUGGGGUCAGUAAUACACGUUUGUACUUCUGAUCAUAUAGUUUUCCUUUAAUGUACAUACUGACUUUAGUGUGGUUUACAUUAGAUGUAUUCAGCAGUAUGCCUUGAGGACUGGGUUGAGCCCAAUUGAGCUGCACCUUACUGAUGAACAAUGAAUGCUUGAAGGAACAUGUCAAGCACCAUAACUGCUACAGUGGUGCCGCUCUGUGUAAUUUGUCAAACCGUUUUAGAACAGUUUGAAAAUUUAUCUGGGUUCUCUGGUCGCCAAUGCCACAUUCGAUCUUUUCUUGUAGGUGAAGAAGGGUGUCUUCAUAAAGCUAAACCUAUCCAAACCAGGACCGUGCUCAACUGGCACUCUCAGCAAAUGAACACAACCCUGCAUGGUCUUUCUUUGCUCAGUGGAGCUAACUAGAUUUUACGGCAAGGAGAAUUCGGGAAGCAGGGGCUGCAGGUGCCAAGCAAGACCCAGGUAACUGUUCAAACUGUUCUUAUUGACAAACUAUAAUGAGAGGGCAACAGAGAACUUGCACUGUAACCACUACGAAUUCUCUGGGUUUGCUGGAUCUCUUAUGCAGACUUGCCAGCAUUUCAGUUCCAGACUACCCUCGUGAGUGGCAUUGGGCUGUUAUGCAAAAUACAUAGGUUCCUUCUUUGGUGGCACAAGUAAGCUAAAACCAUGUAUGGCACCUGAGCUGGUACUAACCAGAGGUCAAGCUACAGAGUUUUUGCCAAUUGCCAGUAUUUAUGAAUUCUGUUUGACUUAUUUCCAUAUCACCAAGAUUACCGUAAGUUAAACAGGUAAAUCAGAUGUGAACCCCUUGCUUACUAUCUCCAGGACGGUAUUAGCUCACUGAAGAAGCCCAUAAAAGACCAAAAGGGCUAUCUCUGUAUCUCCUGUACAGAGGGCACUUACUGAUAUUUUGUGUUUAUAUUGCUCAUGUGGAUGAGAUCAUUCCAAUAUGCAACUAUUUUACACUAAAAUAUCCAGUCUGUGGCACACUAUUUACAUUAACUACUGGCUAUUGUAUUAGUACAGUUAAAAUAUACUAUUAUGCUGGCCUUAUAGUAGAAUGCCUCAGAUGUCCACAAUACCUCCCAACUUCUUUUCUCUCUGCCCGAUGCUCCACCUUGAGGCUUUCCUGUUGUCAAAAGUAUAAUUUAUUUCUCUAUAAAUCAAUGAUGAGACUCUGUCUUAGUAAUUUGGUGCAGUUUUGGAUACACGUUUUAAAGAAGGAUUUUAUAGAACAGGAAAACAUAAACAAACAUAAACAAAGUUAUGUAAAUGAUAGGAUAUUUAGGGAUUCUGCUAGUGUACCUGCAAUAGAGGAUAAAACAUAGUGCAAAUAUUGUCUUAUACUUUAAAAUAAUGUGAUGAUUUGUAUGCACUCACAAAUUCCAAAUUGGUAAAGUGUUUUAUGGGUGCCUCCCCACGAUGUGGAUGGUUUUUUUUGUUUGUUAAAUAUCCCUCCUCGAGUGAUAGCCGAUGGGGUAUCAGGGUCAGCAAGAUGAUCCAACAGACUCCAACCAGAUGAAUACUUCAAAGGCAAUUUAUUUACUCAUAAAAUCAGGAGGUGUACAAAUAGAGCAAUAAAAACAAAUAUAAGAGAAUCACCGGUCCUAUGCGUUUCAUCCUUAUACAAAAGGACUUCCUCAGGGACCUCUUUCAAUAAAAACAACAAUCAAAUGUACAGAAGCUAACAAGGCAUCCUAAAAACGCUACCUAACAAACAAUCUUAUAUAGGGCUAAUCCCUUCAAAUCAUUGGUGGAAUAGUGGGUGUCUUCCCUUUUCUAAACUUCUAUUCGUCCGGUAUUUUCCUCCAGGUGUAGCUGCUUUGCCGAGAAUGUCAGAUUCCUUCCGCAUUGAUUUCUGCCACUUCCGCAUACGUCACGCGCAUAGGCGUGCUGGGCACACCCUAUUCCCCGUGGCACGCCUAUGGUUUGAGUCCUGCAGGAACAGCGUUCCUGCACUUUUUUUGAGCAGGAACGCUGUUCCUGCAGGCACUCAGCCCCCCCCCCGGUCUCACCUCUUGCCCCUGUCAUGGGGAGGGCAAGAGGUGAUGGAUUUCCCCCCUCCCCCCCCCACUCAGCCGCGGCAAGGGAGCUCUCUGCUGUCUGCUGUCUGCUCCCUCUCGCCGCGCGCUGAUGCCGGGAGCCGGAAUAUGACGUCAUAUUCCGGCUCCCAGCUACAGCAGACAGCCCGCGCGGCGAGAGGGAGCAGAGAGCAGACAGCACACAGCUCCCUCGCCGCGCGCUGAGCUGGAGAGAGGCGCCCGCCCCCACUGGACCCCAGGGAAAAGUCCACCAGCACUCCAGGUAGGAGGCUGGGUGGACAUUUAAAAAAAAAAUUAAAAUAUAAUAAUUUGUGUGUGUGUGUGUAUGUGUGUGUCAGUGUGUGUGUCUGUGAGUGUGUGAGUAUGUGUGUGUGUCUGUAAGUAUGUGUGUGUGUCAGUGUGUGUCUGUGAGUGUAUGUGUGUGUCUGUGAGUAUGUGUGUGUCUGUAAGUAUGUGUGUGAGUAUGUGUGUGUGUGUGUCUGUGAGUAUGUGUGUAUCUGUGAGUAUGUGUGUGUGUCUGUGAGUGUGUGUGUGUGUCUGUGAGUAUGUGUGUGUGUCUGUGAGUGUGUGUGUGUGUCUGUGAGUGUGUGUCUGUGAGUAUGUAUGUGUGUGUGUCUGUGAGUGUAUGUGUGUGUCUGUGAGUAUGUAUGUGUGUGUCUGUGAGUGUGUGUGUACGUGUAUAUAUAUAUAUAUAUAUACACACACACACACACACACGCAGAGCCGGUGCUAUCUGAGUGCCGGCUCUGCUCUAAGCCUUCAUGGGCCGGCGGGGAGACCAAAGAUCUACCUCACCGGCCCACAGCAGCUUGGAGGGAGGCAGUAGAGGACCCAGGGAGCUCUAGACAGAAGCUCCGCCAGGUUCCUCUCGCGAUAUCUGAGCGUUGCUGUGGCAACGCUCAGAUCUCGCGAGAGUUAACUCUAGCCCCGCAGGCUAGAGUUCACUCUCCACUGGACCACCAGGGAUGGCACAUGGCAGCAAGGAUUUACUAAUCUGCCAAAUCCCUCCAAACAUACAGCACACACACAUACAGCACCUACACACAUACAGCUCACACACACACAGUACACUAACCGCACCCUCACAAACACACACAGCACCUUUUAAAAAAAACACAACACCCUCACACACAGCACACUAACAGCACCCUCACAAACAGCACCCUCACAGGACAAACAUACACACACAAACACCCUCACACACAAACAGUCACAAACAGUCACAAACACGCACCCUCACACACACAGCACACUAACAGCACACACAGCAGUGUGUGUAUGUGUGUGUGUGUGUAUAUAUAUAUAUAUAUAUAUAUAUAGAUACAUACACACACACGCGCGUGGCGUGUGUUUGUGCUUUAGGGUGCACACCCUAAUGCAAUAGGCUGCGCACGCCUAUGGUAACGCGUUACGCUUUUCAUCACGUGACCAGUGUGCGUUCCACACUUGAAAAACAACAUGGCCGUGCGUUCCACAUCAUAAUAUUAAAAAUUGCAACCUGGAAACCGCUAUUCUUGCACACAGUGGUUAUACCCAGAAAUCUAAACGAGAGGGCUGUUAAAUAUUAUAUACAAAAGCAAUAAUAAUAUAUCCUCUAUAAUUAAUCAAUAACUGAAUCGUUUUUAGAUUGAAUGCAAUAACUUCCUAUCCAAGUUAACAUUCAAUAUCCCUAUGCAACGUAGCCCUUUCAGAAAAAAUUGUGGGCAACUAUUGCAAUGGAGACUGUUUUGUUAUAUGGUUAUCAGCUGGGAAAUAACCUUGGGAAGCAGUGUACUUAUAAGUUAAGGUUUUUUUUAUAUAUUUUACACAGAUCACUUUGUUCACGGGUGGUUGAGUGUAUUUGUUUUUUUCUAUACAAAAACAAAGUUAGUAAGGGGAAUAGAAGAGUUUAGUUGAGGUGUAGAUAACACGAAUUUGGUUACCAUAAAAAGAAUGUGUUUCAGAAGUGUUAGUAUUGUAUCCUGGUCUUUAACAGGACAAUUGGUCAUCCAUUGAGUCCUGAAGAAAGGCAAUUGGAACAGAUUUUUGAUCCCAACCCUCUCAUCUUUGCCAUUAUUGGGUCAAGAAGGAAAACUUAGCAUUUUCAUUUUUUCAGCACAAUCAGAAAUGCCUCAAAUCAAGGGUUUUCUUUAUCAAUCAACAGUGAAAGCAGAUGUGUUUCCAAACCAGGCUUUUUUGUAACUUGUCUAAUCUGGACUUUUUUGUUUAUUAAUUUGUAAAGUUAACAGUAAAGUUAAAGGGACACUAUAGUCACCAUAACAACUAUAGCUUAUUGUAUUUAUUCUGGUGAGUAUAAUCUGUCCCUUCAGGCUUUUUUGCAGUAAACACUGUAGUUUCAGAGAAAGGGAUACCCCCACUGGCCACUCCUCAGAUGGCUGCUAGAGGUGCCUCCCUGGGCCAUUCUGCACAGUUUGACUGACAUUCUGUGUCUCCACCCUCUGCAUGGAGACACUAAACUUCCUUCAUAGAGAUGCAUUGAUUCAAUGCAUCUCUAUAAGGAGAUGCUGAUUGCCCAUGUCUGUGUUUGGCUUGUGCUGGCUCUGCCCCUUAUCUGCCUCCUUGACAGUCUCGGCAAAUCCAAUGCUAUGGGAAAGCAUUCUGAUUGGCUCACAUCAUUAUUUCGGAUGAUGUCAGCCAAGGAGGCAGAGUACUGUAUCUGCUUGAUGCCCUUACUCUUGGGAAUGCCAAAUUAUGGCAAUUUAUUUAUCUAUUUUGGAUUUCUUAGAUUUUCUGCUGCAUCUCUCUGUCAGUGCAUAUCCUGACAAUAUUUAAGUUUUGUCCUUCUGUUCUUUGUACUCCAGCUGUCAUUCAAUGGAAAUCCUAUGCCUGAAACAAAUCUGACCUUAUCGGCGUAUAAUAUUAAUUACCUGGUGUAUAAGGCAGCACAUUAUUAAGGUGGAUGUCCUCCAUUCCUAACGUACCCUCCAUAUUGUUGUAUAAUGUUUUUUAAAUAACUUCUGUCAUCAUAUAUUGCAAAGACCCCAAUAGUGACAUUGCCGCUAGGGGUGCAGUAGAGGUGCUGAUCUCCAUGGGCACCACCAAAAUUGAUCAUCAACAUUUCAUUGGCCAGGAGCCAACAUCAGUACUCUGCUCUUGCGCAUGCGUGUUAGUACAACACCGAUGUCCAUGGAGAAACCUGCAAUCCCGCAGGAGUCUCCAUAGAUAUUAACUUAUGAUGAGUGAGACAAUGCCUUAUUUCAACAGCUGUUGCUAGCGAUGGCUGUAACAAGUGACAAAACUUGGCGGUGUUAGCUCUGCCAUUUCUCAAGUUUUGCAAAUAAAACUUAUGUUUUAUGAUAGCUUUUGACUCAAUUGGAAUUUCAAUGAAAUUCAAACAAAGUCUUUAUGAGCGUUACAUUUAAACUAUACAUUUUAUCUUUAUGAAACGCUAAAAUUCUAUUGGGGGUGGGGGAUUUCCAAAGCCACCUUAAGACAAAACUUCACCAUUUCAGGGGCAAAUUGCUGGAUUUGGAGCAAUCCAUAUACCAGCUAUUGAAAUAUGUAACUGAAUUACCCAGCAUAAACUUACCCUCCAGUUUUUCCUUGAUAUUAAUUUUUUAAAAGGUUGCUUCAAGCACCGUUACUCUUGCAGUGAUUUGAAGUGGCCAUGGUGUUGGGAGUCUGUAUGUUCAGGAUUUAACUAUGAAAGGCUGCACAUACAGAGUUCAAUACCUCUGCUGCAAAAAAGUGUAACACUAUUAUUACUAUUGUAUUUUAUUGUAUAAAUGUUUACAUUGUUAUUUGAAAAAUCUUCAAUAAAAUAUUUGAAUAAUAAAGUGUGACACCACCCCUAGGGCAUCAUUAGCCAGCCUGUAAUUAGAGUUCCAGGUACCUAAUAUUAAUUAUGUGCAUAUUGGACAUCUGAUGUCAGCAUACUGGUAGCAGAUGACCACUGAUGACAUGCCCUCCCUGACAUACCUCCAACAAGGGGUAACCCAUCUGAUAAUAUAUUCAGAAAAAAUGGCUCAUUUGGGAUACAGGUGUCAAUGGAAAUAAACAUAAUAAUCAAAAAAUAAUUAAACUCUGUGUUCUAACUUUCUUUCAGAGUCCCCUGACAAAAAAUGCUUCCAGCAGCUGCAGAAUAUCAAUACCUUUGGGAAAUAAGUUCUGGAAAAGUUUCUGGCGGAGCAACUGUGCGAACGUUUGGCAGGUUUGUGCCCUAAUAUUUUCCAAAGCUGAAAUGUCUUUGCAUAUUGAUAUAGAGAUAUCGAUUUAGGUUUAUUCAACAAUACACAAACCGUUCCAUAAGGGUUUAUCCUUUGUAGAUAUAUUCACUAAAAAGCCAGUGCUAAAAUAAAAAUGAAUUUGCAUCAUUUAAACCGAAAUAGCAGAGUUUGGAAAAUGCCUCACUGUUUGACAUAAAUUAGUAUUUAUUGAAUGAUUACAAUUAUUUAUAUAGCAGUGCUGUACAAUAGGUAAACAAGACAAAUAUUUGAUUCUAAGAAAACCUAAGGGAACAGAAGGUGAAGGAGGCCCUGCCCAAACGAGCUUACAGUAAUGUCUCUAUUAAUAUGUGUUUUUCAUAAAUGUAAACUGAUAUCUGGAACCAUGAACGAAUCUAUACAAGUCAGUAGGAUAUACAAGAAUCUAUACAAGUCAGUCAGUUUGCAUAUCAUCACAAAAAGAAGUGAAAUGUCCAACAAUCCGUAUAGUUUCAGUGAUAUACCUUUAUUUGUGGUCGUAUACAAUAAGCUAUAGUAAUGGUGUAAGUCGGUUGUGCCAGAACCGACGUUCAGGUAGUCCUGUAAAAGAGGGCCCCACAAGAUGAAUGGCUUAAUAAAGGGAGUGGUGGGUGGGCUGAACCAGCCUAAAGGAAGGGGAGGUCUGUGUAUUUAUAACUCCUCCCACAACUACAGGUUUUGCCUAACUGUUAAGCCUUCUCAUUUGUGGUCUUAUACAAUAAGCAGAGUUAUAGUAAUGGUGGUGUAAGUCGGUUGUGCUGUGCCGGAACUGAUGUUCGGGUAGGCCUGUAAAAGACGGCAAAAAGUUUAACACUGAAUACAUGUUGACAAUACAUAACCAAUAAUUCAAUGCAUGUCUCAAUUCCUCUCAGGUUCAGGGAUAUAUAUGGCAUAUGCAGAUGACUCUAUUGUCCCAGCCAUUAGAUGAUAUGUACUGGGAUAUUACAAGAGGUGGUAGGAGCAGCGCAUAUUCUUUUAGAAUGACCUGAAAAUGUUAACGGUUGUAUUCAAGUAACUUUAAGGUGUUGUGAGCUAGAUAAAGGUUGAGGUGGCAAAAUAUAUGUGAACGCCUUCAUGGAAUCAAAUGAUUAUGGUUUGAUGAUUUCAUAUGUGGAAGUGAGUUUAUUGAAAAUGGCCAGAGCCCAGCGUAUCAACAGGUGGCAUUGACAGAGAGUGUUGCAUGUGCCAGCAACUAAAUCCUGGAAUGUAGGGUCUUGGCAGGUCAUUUGGCCACUGUGGGGAGAGUUUGGAAGAAUAUGAAAAAUGUAAGAUUAUGUUAGCUUUAGUGUACUAAUAAUCUUAAUUUUAAUAAUGACAGGAGGCGAGUAUUUUCAUUAUCUUUAUUUACUAACUCCAUAGCAGCAAAGAAAAGUAAUGAGAAAACUGAGAACCAAUCACAAACAAGCAUAGGUUAUAAGAGGCAUGUCUCACUUGAAUCGCUUCCUCUUUAAACUGCGACAUCACAAGUUCAUCAAUCAAGAAAACGAUAGAAAAACACAAUGUGAUCUACUUCUAACACGAACAUGAUGAAUAAGGUCCCAUCGAACAGGCAUCUUGGGUUAAACUGAAAAGAGAAUAUAAAAACUUUUAGUCUCUAGAAAGGGUUGUAUUAAAACGUUCACCGUUACAGUCUAUUCAAAGUAUGAUACAUAUAAAACAAUCCAGUCCUCCCCCAGCUAGUGUAACUAACUAAAACAAACAAUCCCGUACAAACCCAACUACAAAGUCCCAAAGGGAAAAAAGAACGUUAGUGUAGGCAGUAAGUAGUACCAACAUAUUAUUAUGAUAAAGCUAUAUGCAAAAGAAGUCAAAAAAGGGGACAGAGAACAGUAAGAGAAGAGAAAGGGAGGGAAAAUACUCGCCUCCUGUCAUUAUUAAAAUUAGGAUUGUUAGUACACUAAAGCUAACAUAAUUUUAAAUUUUACCACAUGACAGGAGGCUUCAUAUUUUGCCAUUUUAACGCUGAGAUAAGAGAGAAAAGGCUGUAAAUAGAACGUCCAAAAAGUAGAUUCUAUCGUCCAAUCCGCAGCCCGUAAAAUGUCGGAAAGUGAGGCCCCGCAGAUAAGGCGGAUGUGGCUGCAAAGGCCUAAUCUAUCCCAGCGAGAGAGAGCAGCCAACGAACCCAUCUGACCAACAUUGUGUCCGAAACAAAACCAUACGGGCUGACGUAAGAGACGAGAAGUUGCUGGGAGGAAGGAGAUCGCAACGUCACAGUGGCUUCCACAUAGCAACGCGGGGUCGAUACCUCACAAAGUUGUUGGUCUGAAUGGAAAAAGGGAUAAAAAAAAAGUGGAAGAAUUUGAUUUGGUAUGGCGUGAGACCUGAAAGGUAACCCUCCCACGGGCAAAAAAUAAACGUGUGUCGAGAGCAAUCUCGCCACAUUGCAUUGGAGAAGCCUGGUUGCUCGCCUGCUGCCUUUGGACUAUGGCCCCCAUGUUAAAAGACUUUGUUUCGCCUGCAGAAAAGCUUUAUUCGUGCUUUUCUGCCUGGUGUUCGGUAGAUUCAAUCUACCGAAUAACCGCACGAAUGACUGGAAUACCUGGGAGCUGGAGUGUGCCGGCAAUUAGCCUCCCUGAAGCUGCGGUUAACCGCAGCUUAAUUGACGAAUGCUGGGUGGCCGCCAUUCGUAUCACGAACACGAGGUCGCAGCCAUUUUAAACAUGCGAACGCACAGCGGUGUUCAACGCUUAAUUCAUUGAACUGAAAUCGGACACAGUUUUGCGCGAACACCGCUGAAGCCGCCGACCUCCCUUCUUGUUUGCUGAAAGUGCACGAACAACCCGGUGUUCGGUAGUUUUGCUUGAAUGUGUUAUACCCCAGAUAGGAAUCCCAUGGAGCCCAUUCGCAUGAAACUGACUGUGUAAAGACUUUAGCUCCAUGGCGAUUAAACUGUAUUCGUGUGGUCUGAGCGCCAUUUGCUCAGACCUGAGCUAUCUGGGGACAUGUUAAAUGUAUAAGUUUAUUGUAAUGUGUCUUACAUAGUGUAUUUCAACAGUAAUUCGUGUUUUAGUAUCCCCCCGUGCAUAAUGGCGAUUUGCCUUUGUCUUGGGAGAUAAUUUAAUGACUUCUCAAUUAUCUCCAAGGCAGAGGGGAGGAAGCCAGGAUGCAUUGUGGGAAUAUAAUGUGACUGUGUGUCCUAUUUGUCAACUUGUCUGUCUUUUGUCACAGUCUCCCAUUUGGUCCCCUAGGGGAGUGUCCACCAGGUGGGAGACCUGCAUAAAUACUGGGCAGGUAGCCCUCAUUAAACAGACCACUGCUUGACCCUCAACACGGAGCCUUGUCUCGUCUUUGGGGGGAUUUACUGAAUGCUGAUAGAGACUGAUUGCUAGGAGUGUAAGCCGCUUGGAUGCUUUUCCUAUUCGUCUGCUAGCAGCGAUUCGUAUGGUUCCAGUUCGUGUGUUUGGAGUGCUAUAUUGGAUGCCGUUCGGGAGUUUGGAGCAUUCACUUAUUGGCGGUUCGUGUGUUUGGUGUUCUACAAUAGCUGUGCCUGCAUCUCUGAAAAGGGGGAUGAUCGCCUAAACGGUUUUAACCCCUUGUGUGCUGAAACGGUCCGUUACAAAACGCAUCGGCGUCUAAAGUGCGGACAUCCGAGACCCAUCAAAAUGAGACAAAGCAGAGGAGAAAAGUGAAUUUGGCCUUAAGCUGGCGAAGGAAUAACUUAUCCUUCGGAGGUCAAUCUCGCAAAAAUUGCAAGACGAUACUGAAAUCCCAAAGUCACAUGAAUCUGGGUUCAGGACGGCAGCGUAGCCUCAUGCCCCGAAGAAGUCUACAAAUGAGGGGAUUUUGUCCAACUGGAAUCCCUUGGAGCGGGAUAUGAGCCGUUGAAAUGGCUGACCAUACCACUUUAAUAGACCGAUACGUUUUUCCAGUUGUAAACAGAGAGUUGAGAAAGUUUUGGCCCAAGAUUGCCAUGCAGAUAGGUAACAUCUCCUAGUUCCCGAAUAUUACUCGGCCGUUCCAAGCAUGCAUAUAGUUCAGCCACCAGUGCAGUUCCGCCCAAACGUCGUCCGACAUCGGGACUGGUUGAGCGUAAGUUGGAUUUUGUCGUAGGAAUUUGAUCUUGAGGCGUUGCAUGGCCCUGUAGUGUAGGGGACCCAGGAAUAUAGCGUGGAUGGAUGAGGACAGAAGACCUACUAUACGUGCCAGUAGGCGCAGAUGUAUGGACGUCAUGCGAAGAAACUUCUGGAUUUCCCUGCGGAUGGAGGUGACCUUGUGGCUGGAAGACGUAGAGUACAAGAUCUGGAGUCUAUUUCAAAGCCCAGAAAUUGGACGGAUUGUUGAUCAUGAAGCCUAGUAAUUCCAGCAGGUGUACUGUAUAAUCGGUGUGGUUUCGGAGUUCUUUUGUCGAAGAUCAGGGUGUCGUCGAGAUAUACGCUACAUCUUAUGCCGCGGGCCCGAAGGUGCGCUACCGCAGGCUUCAGCAUUUUGGUCCAGCACCAAGGGGCCGAGCUGAGGCCGAACGGGAGGCAAGUGAACUGCCAAGCUGUUCCGUGCCAGUGGAAACGGAGGAAGGAGCGACUCUGCUCGUGGAUCGGGAUAGUCAGAUAAGCGUCCUUAAGAUCUAGAUGGGUGAAACAGUUGUUGUCUCAAAGCAGAUCCCUGAAGUUGAUAACUGGGCGAAAUUCUCCCAUCUUCUUCCUGACCAGGAAAAUGUUGCUGAAGAAUCCGGUCGAAUCUGGGGCCGGUUGAAUAGCGCCCUUGGUACACAGGUCCUGCAUUUCAAAAUCAGGUGAGCGUCCGCAUGCGUUAUGUUGAGCGGUGCGCAGUGGAAAUCGUUGGACCGGGUUUGUCUCGAAUUCGAUGCGAUAGCCUCGUACAGUUUGUAGGAUCCAUACGUCCGUGGAGAGGUCUGCCCAGUUCUGAAUUUGUUUUAAAAUAUGGCCUGCGAUCUGGACAAUAGUUAGUGGAAGGGUAAAAUGGUGUCUUACCGUUGGAGAAUCUCGCUCUGGAGCGUCCUCUGCCUCCUCGACCACGGUCUGAUCCCCUGGAGUAGUGGAAAGGCUGUGUCCUGGUGGUGCGGGGGCCCGAUGGCCAGAAACGGCUGGUGGCAUGGCCCGCAGAAGACUUUCUGCACUGAUGACUGAGCCUUGUUGAGGGAUGUGAAGAUGCUGAUUGAAGUUGGUUGUAUUUGCAGCCUUAUCGGGUAGUAUGGGGCGAGGACACUCAGACCUCAUGUGUUUUCGCACGUCCUUGUCUAGUGGUAUUCGGAGCCAGGAGUGCAUUAACUUUGCAACAUGCUCAGGGGGGUCCAUUCCUCACAGCGGGGGUGGCGUAUAUUCCUGGGGUCGAACAUCCGAAGGUCAGAGGUGUCCAGGAAGGCCUCAGAGUCUCAGAGCGUCCAUGGUCUGGGCUCACCCAGGUAUGUAUCCCCUGUAAGGAACGGGUCAGAUAUGGGAGCAGAGUCCCAGUCACUCUCCUCCGGUUCGGAGGCCUCCGUCUGCCAUUCAUCCAGCACCGAAAGUGCCUGGGCUGGUCCUGUGUCGUCUUCCUCCAAGGAAAUCUGUGCUGACCUGUGGGCCGUACGGGUUGCGGUCUGUUUGUGUUUAGCAGGGGCUUUUCCUUUGGAUUUCUUUGCUUUAGUGUUUUCGUCUUUCCAGUGGUGUGUAGGUGGUCGUGACCAUUCUCCGUUGAGGCAGGUACCGCUGGGGCAAUCAUGUCUUGCAAGUCUGAUGGAGUCUGUGUAUCUUUCAUGGUCACUUGCUACAAUAACUCGGGGCUCACCCGGUGGCACUAGAGCGUGAAGGCAGGAGUGUAUUGGCACAGAGGGUAGGUUAAUAAUAAUAAAAAAAGGUCUUAAGCACUUUGUUAUCUUUUAUAGACCUUUUUUAUAUUUUUUUAUAUUUUUUCAAUUACAUUUUUUUAUAUAUAUUUUUUUUAUCUAUUGUAAUUUCCAAAUUUUGUUCAUCUCUUCCUUUAGCCUCCUUUUUAGGCUAACAGUCUCCCUCUUAUUUUUACUAGCCUCCCCUAUUCUACAUCAUGUCUAUAUUACUGCCUAUUAUUAUGCAUUAUCAAUGCACUGUAUUUGUUAUGGCUCUAAUACCCACUAUAAAAUGCCUGUUAAAUUAUCCACAUAUGCAGAUUCCGGUCCUUUUAAUUAAUAUACUUUGUAUAUCUGUGCAAUUGUGGAAGUCAUUUGUUUUGCUUAUAUAUGUAUUUUAAGCUUCCACUAAAAUACCUCACUCCUCUCAAAUAUGAAUGACAUUGGAUGCCUAUUUUAAAAUUGAUACCCCACUUUCAUCUAAUAUGAAUUAAAUUGGACGUUUAUUUAUACCUCUCAUCUUCCUACCCCAUAUUAUGGCCACCAGGCUACUAUGUUAUACAUAUGUUAAAAACAUAUUAUAUUCAUAGAAGAUUUACUAUCAUCUUUUAGAGAGUAUUACGAUCUAUAAUAUGUAAUUAGCGCUUGGAAUGCAACGCACGCCAUUUUGACGUUACGUGCGUUCCAAGCAUGCAUCCCAUGAGCUUAUACAAACCACGGCGAAUUGGGCUAUGCCACGUCACUUCCUAGUUUGACGUGUGCGUUUCACAGUGGCAUACAGGAAUUUGCCGACUGAACUCACACACAAACUUGCCGCAUCACUUCUGGUGAAAUAGAAAAUAGAAGUCACCAGGUAGCAACUCACAAUCAAGCUCAUCCUAUAUAUACAGGACAUUAAGAGGACCACCCCACGCUUUUGAAAAAGCCUCUGGACAGGCGAAACGCGUCAAGUGGGACACCCUUGCUCAAUUUUUAGGACACUUUGUUGUUCCUAUGUUUUUUUUGUAAUAAAUAGUUAUUUUUUACAUAUAACUAUUUGCCUCCUGUUUGCUACCUGAUACCAUCAAAUCCUGAGGUAGGGAUUAUACCACCCAUGCUGUGAUAGCUAGAGCAGGCAUUGCUCUCAAAAAUGUAAGUACAUUACUUCUCUUUAAUUCUAAUUUAUAGUACUUACUACACCAUUGGAGUUUUUUUGUGCUCUUCUACUUCCAUAUAUACCACGCAUAUCUGCAUUUGCAUCUGGAGGACCAGCACUACUUAUAUCAUCAUAUAUCCUUAGACGGGGAUUGUACCGUCCACGUUCUAUACAGCAGAGCUCUGAUAUAGCGCUAUUAAAUGUGAGUGGUUCUCCUAUAGCUAUUAUUUACACAAAUUGCCCUUUACCAUAUUGUACUGUACCAUUAUUGUUCUUUUUUUUUGUUACCCUAAGGUUCACAGCACUGUACCCUCUGAAGUUCUAUGUACGUAUAAUUUUGGGCGCAGUAUACGCCAUAUCUUUUUUCCGUCUAAUUAUUACAUGAGGUCUUGGGAAUCCUUGUAUUGUAUACAGCAGCCCUCACUAAUUCAUUGCACUAUAGAGAGCGCCUAUAACCUUUGUCUUCUUUGCAUUCCUGUAAUCAAAUGCUGCUAGUAGAAAAAGUGCAAAAAGGCUUUAGUCACAAACUCACUGAUUGCAAAUGUCACCAACGGGUUAACUUUUUCACUUUAUUUUUUCAUACACAGAUUUACCCUUUAUUUUCAUUUGGGCUGUUUACUUUCCAGACGACCAUACCUGACAACAUAAUUGGCGUGAAUGUAAAACUGGUGGCACUUGGCACAGAUUGGUGGCACUCAUCACAGUCAUUUAGAUCAAUGACAGAAUUCUAAAACCAAAUUCAGUCUAAAUACAUUCCUACUGACCGAAUCUGCACCAUUUAGCUAGAUGUAUUCUCUGUCUGGUUUUAAACCAGCACAUCUGAAUCCUGUAGAAUGUAUAGGAUGUGGAAAAUUAACAAAGACUAAAUGUAUACAGAAGAAUUAAUAAGCAAAUUAUUGUUUGUUUUUUGCAAGCAACAGACACCAUUUGCAAGCAACCAGUGGGCAAAUAGUUAAAAUAAACCCUCAGAGGUGCAACUGCUAUAAAGCAGGGGACCAGCGCUUGGUAUCCAACCACCACAUUAAAAUAUAAAUAACUGAUUUUUAAAAAAGCAUAUAGCGGUCAGUAUAUCCCUAAUCUUACUAUAGAGAGAUUUUAAUUCCCUUAUGCCCCCACCCACCAUGACACCUUAAAUGCACUUGAUUUGAUGCCAUGCAUCCGAUCAGCAUCAAUUGUGAUACAAGCCGCUCCUCUGUUAACUAAAGGAAAGUUGUUCGUUAUUCCAACAUUAAGAGUGACGCAAGCCGCUCCUCCUUCAACCAAAGCCGUACCGUGUUUUAUUCCAAAAUCAAGUGAGGCGGUUUAUGCCAAUAUUAUGCAAGCACAGCGUAAUUUCAGCAACGCUGGCCAAUCACAUUUUGGUGUCACUUUAAUGACACUGGCAUCUAACAUGAGACUGCUCAUAGAAAAUUAAAAUAAGGCUGAUUGUGAAUGCCAACUAUUUCACAUGUAUAGAACUUUUAAAGUAAAUAAUAUUCGGCUGUUUUGUGCCAUCAGACUGCAUUCUUUUUUUAUAAUUCUUUAUUUAUACAUUGACAUACAAUACAACUUGUAAACAUAUAAUCAUGUAAUCGGCUUGUGCAAAAGCCGGGCUUUUGUGGUACAAAUAAACAAAAAAAAGAAAAACUGUGCAUAUACAGAAAGAAGAAAAUUAUUUGGUUAGCAGUACGUUUGUUCUUCGAGAAGCCUGUUUUUUCAGUCGUUGGUUUUUCAGCUGGUGUUUUGAUCUGUCAGUGUUUUUUUUUGUUUUUUUUUUUUUGUUAAUUGAUUGUAACUCUUGUAUCAGAUUGUUUCUGUGAUCGUGGGGUUCAAGUUCAGGAGAUACCGUUUUGGGUGUGUUCCUGAAAUGGUAAGGGGGGGGAUUUUGGAACUCGUGCGUCCGUUUCGUAGGGCUUUGUGUCAUUGUCUGGCUUGUGUGCGUUUUAUGGGGAGUCAUCUCGUUCCCUAUGUGUUCAUUCAGCGUCUGUUGGACUGUGGUGGGUGAUACCGUACAGUUGUGAUGGACAGGGUGUUGGGGGCUUUUUAUCUACUUGCUUGUGCGCUGGCUGCUGGCCUUUCCCUGAAGUAGUUUGGGUAUACUGCAUCUUUACGAUGGUACCCUUAUGUUGUGGUAGUAUCUUGGCUUUAUGUUGCCGAUUUUGCCUUAGUUUCCCUGGGGUAGGGUUUCAGUCGGGAAGAGAGGAGGUUUGUUCUCGGGAUCAUCUGUUUCGUUUUUGUAUCAUACCUUCCGGUGGUCUGUGGGGUUUGUUUGUUUCUUUGUGUGUUUACUUUGGGGGGAUGCUAGGUAUGUGGUGGCAGUGAUUUGGUGUGGUUGUUGUCUACCUUGUUGGGGGUCCGCUGGUGGGCGCUGAGUUAGGGAUAAGGGGGAGGGUGGGAUGCUAGAUUAUGGGGAGAGGGGGGGUGGAAUGGGAUGGCGCACCGCGUUGUAUAUUAGGUGUGGGUUGAGGGCUCUGCGAGCCAUGGGUCCCAGAUUUUGUCGCAAUGUAUUGUGGUUUCGUGAAUGAGAGCCGACAUUCCGUCCAUGAGCCUCGCCUCAUUCAUUUUGCGUUUGACAUCUGUUAUUGUUGGGAUCGUAGCCGCCCCCCAGUGGGUAGCUAUGACUCUCCUUGUUGCUAGGGCUAGUUUGGCCAAAAGUUUGUUGUGUGCGCGGGGUGUGUCUGGCAGAGGUUUGGAUAGGAGCCAUAGCCAGGGGUCUGUAGGGAUGGUAUCAUGUAGGACCCGUGAUGCAAGUGUCGCUAUGUCUCUCCAAAUCAGACUGCAUUCUUGAUUAUCUUUUAUUUAUUUUUCUUUUUUUCUUUCUAUUCAGACUUAACAGUUAUGAUAUGGCUAACUCGGAAGCCAUACUUGCAGUACAACACGCUUCUACCCAGCACCAGCUACAAGUGCGCACAACUCUUGUAGAGCCCUUCUCUGCCCACUUAGGAUCAUAUUACAUGGCAUUGGGGGAACUGGAGUCCGGUAAGUUGAAAACGUAGAUUUCAACAAAUUACCUAUUUUGCAGAUACUGAAACAAUUGCUACUUUAUCUGUUGCCAGAUGCCAGUCCCAUACUGUGUGCGCGCUUGUUGGUUUGCAUUGAUGGUGCUGACCUUUCUCUUCUCCAGCAAGCAGUGGAAGAACAGAGAAGUUAUCUUCAAGGAAGACAUGAAGAAACUGGUGGGAGAUGACAAAUGCCCAAAUCAUUUAUGUAUUACUUGUUUAUACACUGGAGCUGCCUUUAAAUAUUUGUCAGCUUAUAUGUAAAUGUGUAGUCCUCCUCUAAUACAUACUCCAGACUGUUCACUUUAUCUUGUGAGGCCAUAAACCCAGAUUCGGAGUAGACUAUUUUGUGUUUUCUCUAAAUAACAAUUAAUAUAAAGGGGGGGGG